UCCUCAAUUGCUAUAUCUCCCAAGAAUAUUUGAAUAAUGUAGCUUGCUCAAUGACACCAUGUCCAAGCGUGAGCGCAGAUUGACAAAAAAAGCUCGAGGCCGAUCAGCACCAGGACAAAGACUCUGAGAUGCAGGACGCCGCUGCCGACGAGGACAAGGACGCAGCGGCAGCCAGUUUGGCGGCUAAUCCGGCUAUGGUGCAUACAACCCUGCAACAGCUGCCUUAUGCUUAGACUGACAGUGAGAAUGCAGCCGAGGCGGCGCAAAUGCAGCAGUCCAUGGCGACAGGGAAUACUGAGGAGCACAAGUCGAUAAAUACGGACAAUGCACCCACGGCAGAGGAUGGGUUGCUGGUCGACCUGGAUCAGCUUCGCAAAGAUCUCGAGCAUUGCACGACCGAGUGGCACACCAACAACCAGGAUAGCGAGCAGGCGAUGCAGCUAUGGCAGUCUUACACGCAACUGACGCACGACCUGUCCCUGAUUCUGACCGAGCAACUACGGCUAAUCCUGACGCCCAUCCAGGAGACACAGCUGCGCGACAACUACUGCACAGGUAAACGCCUCAACAUGAGGCGCAUCAUCCCUUACAUUGCGUCCGAGUUCUGCAAGGGCAAUAUCUUACUAUGCCACACAAACACCACCAGGCGCGAGUACCAGGUGAUGGUGUCCGUCAACAACUCUAAGUAUAUGGCGCAGUCCACACAUGCUGUCAAGCUGGCCUACAAGCCUUUGGUGCUGGUGACCACCGCGCUGAACCAGUUGGAGGUCAGCUUGCUGCACCCCUUUGGCAGCCCAUUUGACAGCGAUGCUGGCGCGCGCGUGCUCAGCCGCUUCAGUUUUGACAACGACAAGACCGACGCCGUGCAGCUGAUGGAUGCGUCCCUGCAGCUCUUUGACAUCCCAGCGCAUCCGGGCUCGGGCAACCCGGCCGAUCUCUGGAACCUGCAGCUUGUCAUUUUCGACGGCGUAUGCCAGAAUCACCCACGCCUUCUACGCCAGGUACGCACUGCUAUGGAUAUGGGCAUCAUGGCCGUUUCCAUUUUGCUUGAUCGCUCGGCCACUGCCACGUCGGCAGCGGCUGAGACGAUGAAUCCUGAAAAGAACUCUAUCAUGAACACGCAGCAAGUGUUGUUUGUCAUGGGUCCCAGCGGCAGGAUGGAGAUGAUGGUCAGGCGGCACAUCGACACAUCCCCGCUCAAGUACUAUGUUGUUUUGCACAAUAUCCUUGAUCUGCUGGCUGUUCUUGCUAAGAUGCUUCGUCAGCACUUUAGCCUUGUUGCCAGCGACUAAACGCGAGGUCUUUUGUCUUUGGUUUUGGUUUA